GGACUAUUUCCUGAUGUUGGAGGAGGGUAUUUCUUACCACGGCUUCCUGGCAAACUUGGCUUAUAUAUUGCUCUUACUGGAUUCCGGCUAAAGGGGACAGAUGUGCAGAAAGCUGGAAUUGCUACUCACUUUGUUGAAUCAGAAAAGAUUCCUUACCUUGAAAAAGACCUUACAUCUUUGAAGAGACCAUCCAAAAAAGAUGUUGCUGAAGUUCUUGAUACCUAUCAGACAAAGGUAUUUGAAUACCUCUAUAUGUAUUUAUCUGAUCUAGUGGCUAGUCUCAAUCAAAAUGCAAAUUAAUAUUUUAACCACU